CCUGAUAGAAAUCCAUAUUUCCUGAAUUUGUCUUCUUUGGACACUGCCUCAGUUUGCCUUACUACAGUCUCUUUCAAAGAUUCUGAUGUUGACUGCAAUGUUCUCAGUGCUCUUUCAAAUGCCACCAGCUUGAGGUCGCUGUCUCUUACUGUCAAUGAUGAAGAGGCAAUAAAGGUAGUGGGAAGGGAUGCGCUAAGGUGUGGUACAUUCAGCAACCUGAAAACUUUAUCGCUGGGUGAAUGGUGCUUGGGCUCUGGCUGCAGGGUGCUACUCCACUUGCUCCAGCGGUCGCCUAAAAUACAGAAACUUAUCCUGCAUCUUACAGAUGUUGGAGCUUCUCAGAGCGAUCAGCAGCAUGCUGCUGCAGUAACAGAUCCAGACUGCAAUCAAACAGAAACACCAUUCAAUUGUGAGAAUCUUGAGAAAAUUGAAAUCAACUGUCCACAAGGCGAUAAAAGAGUCCAUGUCAUUGUGAGGAUCUUAUUUGAGAACAUUACCUCUCCAACAGAAAUUAAUAUCACAAGCCAUAAGCUAUUUAGAGGUGAUAUGGAUUUUUUUGGCCAGGAUUAUCAAGCUUUGGUCUAGGCGCUUCUGAUUCCUGGAGAACUUCUGCUCCAUUUUGAAACAUUAGUCGCAGUUUUUUUUUAUCUGCCACAUGGUGUUUGUGUGUGCUGUUAAGCUUUUAUUGCCGACUUUAUCGAAUGUGAUUUUAUCAUGUUGACAUAUAUAGUGCAUUUGUUUCUGCAAAAUUUAUCUUGGACAUUUAAGGGACAUGCCAAAUGCCCACACCUAUUAUGGUGAUGACUGUGAUGCGCUUAUUGUUAC